AUGAAACCAAACACGGGCCAAAAUCCGCGGGCAGAGUCGACGGUGGAAUUACCGGCUGAAUAUUCCUACGCUUCCGACCGACAUCUCACACCAACUCCUGCAACGAUUGCAGACUUUCUAGCAUUUCGAUCACGCAUCGGCGCUUCGCACUCAGUGUUGACUCAUGGCCUGUGUUACGGCAGUAACUGCAGUUCUUUGGUCGCUGUACUACAGAGAUUAGGAACCAGUACAGCCAAAGGCAUCGGAGUCAUUGAUCCAGCCGCCACGUCAGACCAGGAGAUUAUGAAAAUGCAUGAUGCGGGCGUCAGAGGCAUCAGGGUCAAUCUGUAUGAAUAUGGAGCGAUGCAUGAUUCGAAACUCCAGGAAGAGUUACUCCGAAAUCAUGCAAUCAGGCUCAAAGACUUUCCCGGCUGGACAAUGGCCUUCACACAGUUGCAUCCGGAAUUCUGGGAAGUUUUGAGGCCAACAAUAAUAUCAGACGUUGCAGGGAGAGGAGUUCGGCUAGUCACGGAUCACUUUGCGCUACUAAAGGGCAGAUCCAUGCUUCCUACUGAGUACGAAGAUCAUAUUGAACGACAACCCGGAUUUGCUGCUAUUGUGUCUCUGAUGCGAGACGGGUUCUUAUGGGUAAAACUCAGUGCACCAUAUCGUGUUAGCGAGAUGAGUCCAGGCUACGAAGAUUUAGAGCCUCUUGUACGAGCUCUGGUGAGUGCCAACCCGCGAAGGAUUUUAUGGGGUAGCGACUGGCCUCACACGCCGCAGAUGAAAGUGAGAGCGAAGGAAGAAGCGAUGCUAGAAGUGCCAAAUCUUGACAUUGAUGAUAUCGCCUGGCUAAAGAGCUUGAAACACUGGUUAAGCGACCAGGAGUGGGAUUUGAUGAUGAAGGUCAAUCCCAACGAACUAUAUAACUGGUAG